CUUGGUUGUGAUUUUCUUGGUUCAAAGUUUGAUCUUUCUUGCUUUACAUUUUGAGUUUUCUCAACAAGAAGAACAGUCAUGCCUGCUCUUGUUAAUUACAGUGGUGAUGAUGAGUUGUAUUCUGGCGGAUCAUUUUGUUCUGCAGAUUUGGGUCUCAUGUUGUCUUUGGGUCAUGCUGAAGUUUACUGUCCUCCUAGGAAGAGGUCGCGCAUUUCUGGCCCGUUUGUUGUUGAAGACCGAUCAAAGGGUCCAUCUCUCGAUGAUCUUCCCGAUGAAUGCCUAUUUGAGAUCCUCAGACGAUUGCCUGGAGGCCGUGAAAGGGGUGCAGCGAGUUGUUUGUCUAAGCGUUGGCUUAUGCUGUUGAGUAGCGUCCGGAGCUCUGAAAUUUGUAGGAGCAAGAGCUAUACCAAUCUAAAUGACUCAACAAUGAUCUCUAAAGAUGAAGAUCUUGAAGUUGAAUGCGAUGGAUACCUUACUAGGUGUGUGGAAGGGAAGAAAGCUACUGAUGUUAGACUUGCUGCUAUUGCAGUUGGGACUUCUACCCGCGGAGGACUAGGAAAGCUUUCUGUCCGAGGGAGUAACUCAGUUCGUGGUAUCACUAAUGUUGGUCUAUCCGCGAUCGCGCAUGGUUGCCCUUCUCUCAGGGUCCUAUCAUUGUGGAAUGUUCCUUGUAUUGGAGAUGAAGGUCUCUUGGAAGUUGCAAGGGAAUGCCGUUCAUUAGAAAAGCUAGAUCUAAGCCAUUGCCCUUCAAUCUCCAACAGGGGUCUUGUCGCAAUAGCAGAGAAUUGCCCGAGCUUGACUUCGUUGACAAUUGAAUCUUGUCCCAAUAUUGGGAACGAGGGCUUGCAAGCUAUUGGAAGAUGUUGCAACAAACUACAGUCUCUUACAAUUAAGGACUGUCCACUUGUUGGGGAUCAGGGAAUUGCCAGUAUUCUGUCAUCGGGUGCUUCAAUGUUGACAAAAGUGGAACUACACUGUCUAAACAUCACAGAUUUCUCCCUUGCAGUCAUUGGUCACUAUGGCAAGCAGAUUACUAAUCUGUGUCUUAGUUCACUUCGUAAUGUGAGUCAGAAGGGAUUUUGGGUCAUGGGUAAUGCCAAGGGUCUCCAGUCUCUGGUUUCUUUGACAAUCACCCUAUGCUGGGGAGCCACAGAUGUCGGUCUUGAAGCAGUUGGAAAGGGUUGCCCAAAUCUUAAACGUAUGUGCAUUCGCAAGUGUUGCAUUGUUUCCGACUGCGGAGUUGUUGCUUUCGCUAAAGAGGCUGGAUCUCUUGAGUGCUUAAACUUGGAGGAGUGCAACAGGAUUACCCAAAUAGGUAUCCUUAACGCAGUUUCAAACUGCAGGAAGUUAAAGUCUCUUUCCCUAGUGAAGUGCAUGGGAAUCAAGGAUCUAGCUCUACAAACUUCCUUGUUGUAUCCAUGUGAAUCUCUUCGGUCCUUGUCUAUCCGAAGCUGUCCAGGGUUCGGGAGUACUAGCUUAGCUAUGAUUGGUAAGCUCUGCCCUAAGCUGCAUAAAUUAGAUCUCAGCGGGCUCUGUGGAAUAACCGAUGCUGGUCUUCUCCCACUCUUGGAGAGCUGUGAAGGACUUGUUAAGGUGAAUCUUAGUGACUGCCUGAACUUGACAGAUCAAGUGGUGCUCUCGUUGGCUGCACGACAUGGCGAGACCCUUGAAUUGCUGAAUCUUGAUGGAUGCAGGAAGGUUACGGAUGCAAGUUUGGUGGCAAUUGCAGAUAAUUGCUCAUUACUUAAUGAUCUUGAUGUUUCUAAGUGUGCAAUAACUGAUUCUGGUGUAGCUGCUUUAUCCCGUGGAGUGCAAGUGAAUUUGCAGGUCCUUUCUUUAUCUGGUUGCUCCAUGGUAUCAAACAAGAGUGUCCCUUCUCUUAAAAAGUUGGGAGAGUGUCUACUUGGUUUGAAUCUCCAACAUUGCUCCAUUAGUUGCAGUUCAGUCGAGCUUCUCGUGGAGGACUUGUGGAGGUGUGAUAUUUUCUCCUAAACUGAGAAAGGGCACGAGGAAAGGAAAUGCAUCGACGGAUAUUCAAAAGCUAUAUUGGUUCAUUCAGCCUGGCAAUUACAGAAGCAAACACGAGUG